GCGGUUUGGCCCCUCCUAAGAGCCCUAUAAAACCUCGACCGAUGCUGGGGCAAUUUCGUCCUCAUUCAUCGACACUCUUCAAUCUUCCACAGUUUCACACUCAUCCAAUUCAUUGUGUUCCCACCCUGAAACCAUCAUCUAUCUGUACCACAGCCAUGGCAGUUUAUCUCUCCUUGCCCAUUCUCGACGAGCUUGUCAGAUUUGUUGAGGAGGACUCCAAGUACGAGGACUCCGUCAAAGCGAUGGCAUCUGGAAUCCUCAAUUACUAUUUUCCGGCGUCAAACGGCUACGCCGUCGUGCCUGAACAAAACCGAGAAGGCAACUUUGCAGACUUCAUCAUCCUCCGAAUCCAGCGUCGCUUUCCGGGAGAUCGCAGCGUAAUCGACCACACAGUGAGUGAAGCCAAAAAAAAAGCGCGACGCCGUCCCUGCUUCUCUAGAUCAGCUUGAAAACGCUCUGGAACACGCGAACACGGAGUUUGGAAGAUGUUGGGGACUGUUAGUCCAUGCGCACACAUUCUAUUUCUAUCAAUUCCAUAAGAACCUGCCGGAGAACCACCGCCUUGUCCCUUGGGCACCCCCCAAUCGACCCCAGGACCAAAACGCAUUCCACGCCCGCAGGGACUGUGCUGUGAUCGAUUGGAUGUUGAGACAUAUGGCGCAGAACGAGGUGCCACCUGCGCGAUGAAAGGGGUCUUGCGCAGGUACAGUCGGGCUCAUACAACCGCAAUGUAUUGGGAAACAUAGAUUUAUUGGAUAAGGAGGAAUCAUUGAUUUUGCAUCUGCGUUCCCUUGAUGUCAGUUCCGCAUUAUGUUAUAUAGUUCCUGGUCGGACAAAUGGCAAGACUUUCAGGCUUCAU